CCUCCUCGUCUCCACCGAAUCGAGAGGCCUACACGCGCACGGAGGAAAGGGAGGGAGGGAGGAGGGAGGGAGGUAUGGAGCAGCCAGGCCCUAUCGCUCCAAUGAGCGACUCCGAUGAGGCGCCGCCGGCCGUCCACCGCCGCCCGCCGCGCCCGGCCCGCGGGAGCGGGGGCGCCGUCGAGCGCUUCGCGGCCGCGCUGCGCCGCCGGGUGAGGUCCGGCGCCUCGGUGGCCGCGCGCGCCAGCUUCGCGGCCGACUCCGGGGAUGAGUUCGUUGCCGGCGAGCCCUCCUCCUCGUCCCGCCGCCGCGACACCAGCGGAGACGCUUCGUCCGCCGGCGGCGAGGCGGCUGGUGGCGGCGGCGGCGGCGGCGGCGCCGGGGGAGUGGACUUCUCGGCUUUCACCUUCCGCGCGGCCGCGCCGGUCCACCGGAAGGCCAAGGAGAGCCCCCUCAGCUCGGACGCCAUCUUCAAGCAGAGUCACGCGGGCCUUUUCAACUUAUGUAUCGUUGUUCUGGUUGCUGUGAACAGCAGGCUCAUUAUAGAGAACUUAAUGAAGUAUGGCUUAUUAAUAAGAUCUGGCUUUUGGUUUAAUGCUACAUCAUUGCGCGACUGGCCACUGCUAAUGUGUUGCCUUAGUCUACCUGUUUUCCCCCUUGGUGCAUUUGCAGUUGAAAAGCUAGCAUUCAACAAUAUUAUUACUGAUGCUGCUGCUACCAGUCUUCACAUCUUUCUUACAACGGCUGAAAUUGUAUAUCCAGUGCUCGUAAUUCUUAUGUGUGAUUCUGCAGUUUUGUCAGGCUUUCUGUUGAUGUUUAUUGCCUGCAUUGUUUGGCUGAAGCUUGUAUCUUUUGCACAUACGAACCAUGAUAUAAGGAAAUUGAUCACAAGUGGCAAGAAGGUCGAUAACGAACUCAGCGCAGCUGACAUAGACAAUUUACAAGCUCCAACUCUUGGGAGUCUAGCAUACUUCAUGAUGGCUCCAACACUCUGUUAUCAGCCAAGCUAUCCUCGAACUCCUUGUAUUAGAAAAGGUUGGCUAAUUCGUCAAAUUAUUCUGUACUUGAUAUUUACUGGUCUUCAAGGAUUCAUUAUUGAGCAAUACAUAAAUCCUAUUGUCGUGAACUCUCAACAUCCACUGAAGGGAGGACUAUUGAAUGCUGUGGAGACUGUUUUGAAGCUAUCAUUACCAAAUGUGUACCUGUGGCUUUGCAUGUUCUAUUGCCUUUUCCAUCUAUGGUUGAAUAUACUUGCUGAGAUUCUUCGCUUUGGUGACCGUGAAUUCUACAAAGACUGGUGGAAUGCAAAAACAAUUGAUGAGUAUUGGAGAAAAUGGAACAUGCCUGUGCAUAAAUGGAUUGUUCGUCACAUAUACUUUCCUUGCAUGCGGAAUGGUAUAUCUAAGGAAGUUGCUGUUUUUAUAUCGUUCUUUGUUUCUGCUGUACUCCAUGAGCUAUGUGUUGCUGUUCCCUGCCGCAUACUCAAGUUCUGGGCUUUCUUAGGAAUCAUGUUGCAGAUUCCCCUUAUCGUAUUGACAUCUUACCUCAAAAAUAAAUUCAGAGACACGAUGGUUGGCAACAUGAUCUUUUGGUUCUUUUUCUGCAUCUACGGGCAGCCUAUGUGCGUUCUCUUGUAUUACCAUGAUGUCAUGAACAGGAUCAACUAGACAACAUAAACUUCUGCUGGUCCUUUUUCGGGUUUCAUUCUUCCAUCAUGGAAUCUGAAAAGCAAUAAUUUGUGUUUACUCCCCAAAAACUGCAUCUAUUUUUUAUCGCUUUGCUACGGCCUUCCAGAUUUUUCAAGGGAAUCCAGUGUAUAUCAUUUUAUCAUGUGUAUGAUAGCUAGCCUUAUCUGGCUCUUGUAUCUGUACAUAAGCUUCAUUCUGGUGAGGUUCCACAUGUAACUGUAAUGGAAAUAUCGUUCCCCUUUCUGCACUAGUAGUGCCACCUGCUCAUGAUGCUAGUAUAACAUCAUUUGGUGUCUAGCAUGGAUUAAAGUUAAGUAUGUCUGUAA